AUGUCGACAAAAGGGUCGAGCAGGAGAUCAAAGAAAUUCUCUUCGAGGAGCAGUGGGUUAUUUUCAACAUCGUCAUCGGGACUACCUAAAUGGCGACAAUCGCCAAUUGAUUUAUGCAAGACAGCCACGUGGACUAAAAAAUUUCCGCCAUUAUAUCUGACCAACUAUUGGUCAGACGAGGGUUCGGCUACGAUGACGAAUACGGGCAAAACAGUCAGUAUCGAGUUUUCGGAUCGAACACUGCCUUCGAUGAGAGGUGGUCCAUUGGACAACGACGAAUUUCAGUUUAUGAAUUUGCAAUUUCGUUGGGGCGCUGAAAAUUCACUAGGUGCCGAACACUCUGUAAACGGUAUCUGGUACUCCAUGGAGGCACAAAUAAUGCAUUGGAACACCCGUUAUGGAUCCGUGGAAAGGUGCUUCGAUAAACCAGACGGAAUUGCGAUACUAUCGUAUCUCAUGCAGGUCGUUGGUUGCCCUGGAAUCCCUGAUAAUCCCUCCCUGUCACCGAUCACGGACAACUUGUCCAAGAUCAAGAUCAUGGGGAGCAAUACUACAAUUCCACCUGAUUGUCUCCUCUGGAUGUUAGAAGCGUGCAUGGGUCAUGGUUACUAUACUUAUCCCGGUUCCCUCACUAUUCCCCCGUAUAACGAAUGUGUCAUUUGGAUGAUUUCGUCAACUGUAACGAAAAUAUCGUUUCGUCAGAUAGAUGCAUUUCGAAGUCUCUACGACGCCAGAUUGGAGCAUAUAUUAGAAAAUCACAGACAGCAGCAGCCUCUUCGUAGAAGAAGAAUAUUGUUCGCCACGGACAAAGCAGUUGCGUGA